GAUCAGUCGAUAGAAUCGCAUGCAGUUCUCUUGCGGUACUAGACUGAUUUAUAUCUAAUAAUCAUUAUACUUUGGAUUUAUCGGUAGAGAUUUGAAGUUAUAAAGAUUAGUAGUAUUUUGACUGAUUGGAUUAGUUUAGUGGAUUUGAUGUUUGUGUGUUCGUGAGAGGAUAUUAAGUGUAGGAUGAGAAUGAUGGGUGAUAAUGAGAUGGGGUAUGGUGAUUAUUACAACUACGAUGGGAGUUGGUCGGUCGCCCCCGCGGAAUACAACGUAGACCCCGGAUAUCAAAUAAGACAUCAGCAGAUGGAAGAAGACUACAGAUACAGCUCAUAUGCGCUUUUGGACAGUAUGAAAAUGCCGGGGCAGCGACCUGGCUUCCAAAUCUCGGACAUUCUCGGCUUAAACGAGGGCAAAGGCCUGGAGGCUGCGCCCCCACAGGCACUAGGAGGGUGUUCUCUCGAGCUGCCCCCUUACCCCCAACACCACUACCCCCAUGAGCUGUUGAGGCACCAUCAACCUUGGCUUUCGUUGGACCACCACGACGGCUCCGGUGUAAUUGGACAACAAGCGAGCCCGGAUAGUACAUCACGCGCUUCCGAGCUUUCCUACAUCGGGGUGCCUGCUUCCUCCCCUCCCAUUAACGAUUCUCGCAACGAUCACGACCAUGACCAAGAACACGACCACGACCUCGAGCACGAUGACGACAACGAUACCGACCAACCGGCGAACAACAAUUCGGAUCCGAACUUAGCACACAAGAAGCGUAAAAGGCGCGUUCUAUUUUCGAAAGCGCAAACGUACGAAUUAGAGAGAAGGUUUCGUCAACAGCGGUAUCUUUCAGCUCCCGAACGAGAACACCUGGCUAGUCUUAUCCGUUUGACGCCGACUCAAGUCAAGAUAUGGUUCCAGAACCACAGAUACAAGACAAAGAGAGCAGUGCAGGAGAAAGGUGCUCAUGAUUUGAACGUUGGAGGCUUGAAUUCACCUCGCAGAGUUGCUGUACCUGUGCUGGUUAAAGACGGAAGACCGUGCCUCGGUAAGCCAGAUGGUUUACCCCCACUCGGGAUGUCCUUACCUCCGUACCAACCUAUUCAUCAUCAACCCCCAGUGUCGGGACACACAUCACAGCCCAGUGGUUGUUGGUGGUGAUAAGUGUUCUAAAAUUAAUUCCAGUGUUUUACUAGUCCAGUGCCGCGGUUUGCAAUUAUCACUUUUUUUUAUUAAAAACAAUUCAGUGUCUUGCAAACCAACGCUCAAAUAUUUAGGCGGAUGCAUUCCGAAUAUUGUAUUUAAGUAAACAUGUAGUUUCAGUUAAGUAACUCGAAUACUAAGCGAUUAGAAUCCACCCUAAGGGUUCUAUAGUAAAAAAGAUUGAUGGUAUCUGGAGUUCCUAAUUAUUUGUAUUGUAAAUUACUACCUAUUUCAUCGAAGCUAUGAACAAAUGUUUAGAGCGAUUUCAUUUUAGAUUAUAAAAUAUUGACUAGACAUUCCACAUGAUACUAUGGAAUUUGUAUAUUUAUGUAAAAAGCUUAUGACAAAAUAAGUUACUUAUAUAUAAUAUUAUGAGAAAUGACCAGAUUUUAUUAAAAUGCAAUAUUUAGUGUUAAGAUUCAGUAUUACAUACCGUAGUAGUCGAAUAUAAUUAGCGAAUAAAUAUUUAUGUAUAUUCCAGAAGAAAGUUUUAUAUUAGAAACAUACAUACCUAAUAGGUAGUAUAUGUAGUGAUAAUUUUUGCUGUAUAUUGUGUAUAUAAAGUUUUUGAGUGAAAAAGUUACCUAUAUUAAAACGAAAACAACUUUUAUCUUACAUCAGCCAUUCAUAAACAACAUGUUAACAUUCCAAGUACUUUGAUAACAUAUUCUAUUAGGAUUUAAUUAAUGUUGUAAAAAUGUGUUACAUAUUAUAAAUUAUUAUCAUGAGAAUAUUAAACAGUUUGAAUGUAAAAAUUGA